CCUGCUGAGAGGUAAGUUUUUGAUUUGCUGUCUGCUGCGAUAUACGAAAAUACGAUAAAAAAAACUGAGGAUAAAGGGAAGGGGUUGCUUCAAGUCAAUUUCCUUUUCAAGUUUGUGCCUUGCCAAUAAAAGUACACUGGUAUUUACUAUUGAAAAAUGAGUCUACAGUGGACCUUGAUUGCCGGUUUCUUGUAUGUCGAAAUGGCGGUGGUAGUGUUACUCAUGUUGCCCUUUAUUUCAGCAAAAAUGUGGCAAAAUUUUUUCAAAUCAAGAAUUAUAAGGAGUUUAGCAGCAUACUCAAAUUUUUAUUUUUCUGCAUUCUUAGUAAUAUUGGUCUUAGUGUUUUUAGAUUCUUUACGACAAAUGCACAAAUAUUCAAGUUCAAGGGAUUUAGAACUAACUCAUGGUCACUUAGAUGCUGAAUUACAACUAAGCAUGAAAAUGUUCAGGGCACAGCGAAACUGCUAUAUUGCUGGAUUUGCUCUCUUUUUGGCACCGGUAAUUCGUCGAUUGGGAUCCCUUUUGUCAACGCAAGCUAUGUUGAAGGCCAGUGCAGAUGCUUCACUGAAACAAGCCCAAAGUGCUACAGAAGCAGCUGAAAAACUUAUGAAAGAAAGUGAAAAUCUUAAAAAAAUGACUGGUAAAGAAACUGAAGAAAAUAAGAAGAAUGAAGGGCAUGAAAAAGAAAUUAAAACUUUGAGAAGAGAACUAGAUAUAACAACUGAAGAACUGGAAAGAACAAAAAAGAAGCUUCAAAGUGUUGUUUCACAGGCUGAAGGAACAAAUAGGGAAUAUGAUCGACUGCUGGAGGAGCACUCUAAGUUACAGAGACAACUGGACCAAGCUCGAGGUGAUGCUGAAAAUAAAAAAGAUGAAUAGUUCACUUCAUUUUAAUGCAUUAAAUAUUUGAUCUGUAUUUAUCAUCAUCUGUGUAUUAAUUUUGAGUAGAUUUCAUGUGGAAAAAAAAAAACAUUAAUAUUAACAUUUAGAUAUGUUUUUUUUUUCUUUUUAUAUUUGAAUUUUUCUUUUCCUCUAAACUGUGUAUUAAUCUAAA